AUGUACGCCACUCGAGCCCUGUUCGGGCGGUCCGUGUGGAAGGGCCCGAAUAUCGUCCCUCUCGCUCUUCCCCGCCAACUCCCACCUCCGCCGGGAACACCCCCGAUCAAAACGCAGAAACGCGCUGCAACGAUCCUGCCGAAUUUCGUGGGGUUGAGGUUCUCUGUACACAACGGAAAAUCGUAUCAGGAUGUGUUCAUAACAGACGAGAUGGUCGGCCGGAAGUUAGGGGAGUUUGCGCCGACGCGGAAGAGAUUCACGUAUAGGCUUUCGAAGAACAAAUGA